AUGGCCCAUCCACUUACACAGUUCGCCUCGCCACCCAACCUACGCUCAUCUCUCUUCAAGAACCCCCCUGAUUCCGUGCCACCAACUGAUGUACUGGAGGAGCUACACUCUGAACUGAAGUUAUUGAAGACCAAGGCCCUGGAGCGGGCGAAGAAGGCGGAGUAUGACCUCAGGUUUAUCGAGGAGUCCAUGAAGCGAAUGAAGGAGAAGGAGAAGGGUAAGGCGAAAGCGGUUGAUAAGGUGAAGAAGGAGCGCGACUUCACGCCCAUUCCUGCCGAAGAGCCCAAGCUCCCUCAGUCGCUACCGCCGCGGCCACGUGUGGUAGGAGGCACUCCUGUACCAUCUACAUCUGCAAAACCGCUUCUGGACCCUCGAAAAUCUUUAAGUAAAGCAGUGGAGGAUACUAAGAAGAAGAAGAAGAAGCGGAAAAGAGAAGCUGGCGAGAGCGAAGAUGAACGUGAACCUCAACGUAUCCGCAAAGGAUCUCCGACUCCUUCAAUACACAUCCACACCCAUAAGGCCUCCAAGGGACCGCCAAAUUCCCUACAUUUAAAGCCCUCCGGACCUGACUUCGGCGUCCCCCAACCGGUGCUCGUUCCCUCCCGCCCACCAGUUCCGCCUCCACCCACUCCAGGCCCGAGCAAGCCGACCGACGUCAAUGACGAUUUCAGCAAGGUCAAGCCACCCGCGCAAGUCCUCGUCACGACCUUCUACUCGAGCAUCGAACCAUGGCUGCGCCCGAUCAAGGAGGAGGACGUGGGCUUCCUCGAGUACACCGCGGAUGAGGUCGAGCCGUACGUGAUGCCCAAGCUCGGGCGGCACUACUCGGAGGUGUGGGAGGAGGAGGACAUCGCGUACUAUGGGAUGCCGCUGACGGAUAUAGCGUCCGUGCGCGCGGCGCAAGUGGCGGCUGCGGCUACCUCGUCGUCUACAGGCCCCUUGCCAAAGUGGGAUCCUUCGACGCUCACUGAGAGUGAUGCGGUGACGGAGGAGAAAGGGCACGGUCCGUUCACGGAGCGAUUACUGAGCGCUUUGUUGCCAAUACCCGAUUCCACGGUGUGGAAGGGCGUGAAGGCUGCCGAGGAUGCGAUGGAAGGCCGGCCUGGUAUUACAGGUGCUGCGUUCGCUGCAGCGAAGGAGAAGGUCAACGUGGCUGACUUGGAAGAGCGUAUCAAGGAUUCCGCUCGAUUCUACGGGCUUAUAACUGAGAAGCCUGAUUACUCCGAGGCCAUCGACGACCCAAUAUCCGCUGCUCUACGACAAGCGCAGAGACAGCUACGAACCGUAGUCGCCACUAACAAGGCCCGUAAGAACCGCCUAGCGGCAGUGGCACGCGAUCGCCUGGGGUACCAGGAAUACCUGGAUCUGCGCGACUCGAUCGACAAGAACAUCAUCAGCUUGUACACCAAAUUGCAGAAGAAGGACGCGCCGAAGGUGAGCAAGAAGAAGAAGAAAGGUGUGGAGGUCAACGGCAAUGCAAGUGCCAAUGGGAGCGCCAACGCAAAUGCCACUGUGAACGGCAACGGAAAUGGCAGUGGCAGCAAUAAUACCGUCCUCAUCUCUUCCUUACCUCCUUGUCCUGCCGCGUUAGGGUUGGGCCCCGACGACGAGCUCAAGCUCACUGUCCCGGCGCAGUUAAAGCAGUUGGUGAAUACGCGACGACAGUGGGUCGACGCGGUCGGGUCGGUGUUUGAGGAGAAGGAGCGGGAGAACCCCGGACGGAUCUAUGGGCUACCGCAGAAGAGUUUGUACGAGGGGCUAGAGGAGGAUAUACGGAAGGAGGAGGCGGAGAAGCUAAAGUCUACACCAGCGGAUACACGGACUAAGGGUAGUAGUACUAAUGGUGAUAGUGAAGGGAAGGGGAGGGCGAGAGGAGAUGAGAUGGAAGUCGGGUGA